CUUUCCUAAACUUUGGCUCAUUGUCAUCCCUCCUCUUCCUCUUUUUCUAUCUGCAUCGGCCGUGUUGUUUCCUAAAGCCCUAAAAACCCUUCUCUCCAAGAUUAUGCUCAUCUUUAGUUGUUUCUCUGUCUCGAUUGGUCAACAGCUUCUACAUCCACUUGUAUCAAUCCUUCUCACAUGAGCUUCGUGGCGUGGUUGCAGGCACUUUUCUGAUUUCAAGGAUGGUUUUUGUUCAAUUGGAGCUUCCGUGUCCUGAAUCUUGUCCGGUUAUUGCUGCGGCUGAUCCUCAGCCACAAUGGACUCUCAGGGAUCUCCUUUUAGAGAUCAACACAUUGGAGUUGCAGCUUGGGAACUCUUCUUCUACUCUGGUGCGUUUGAAGGAAGGCAUGCACUCGGAAUUUUUUCGUGGACUUGAGGUUAAUGGUGGUGAGCCUUUCAUAAUGCACAUAUCUGAUGAGGGUGUUGAGGAUUUUGAUAGUGAUGAUGGAGAGAGGUUCGAUGAGAGUCUAGGGAAAGGCACUCGAUUUUCCUGUGCUGAUCUUGAUUUGAGUGACUUAGAAAGUUCCGAGGAUGAGGGAUAUCUCAAGAUCACACCUCAUUUGGUGCAUAAGAAAGGUCCUGAGGACAGCAUCUUAUUUGAAUAUGAACGUGAGCGUGAGAUAAAAGUUAAGUAUGCUGUUAUAGUCUGUGCCUGUGCAGAAACGAUGGACUGUCACCUGUCUGCUAUCCGAAGGGAUUUUGAACAGAGAUGUCAGAUUGAAGAACGAAGAAUAAUAGAAGAUGCAGCCAUUGAAGAAGCCAGAAGGAGAGAGAUAGCUCUCUUGGAAGAAAAAGUUCGACAAGAAAAGGCAAAAAUGGAAACAGAGGCCAGAUUGAGGGCUACCAAAUUAGCUGAAGAAGCACAGAAGGCAGCCGAGGAAGCUGCAAUAAAGGAAUCGAAGGAAGCUGCGGAAAAAGAAGCAGAAGCUCUGCAUAAAGAUAUCACAGAAAAAGUUCAAGGCUCCCCUUCAAAAGUUUCUAACAAUAUCGUAUCUAAUGUAGACAAAGGUAUAAAAGUUCUCGCUGCAGAUAAGGCAUUAAAAGUUGAGGAGAGCAGAAUAAAAUUCCAUGAUGAAGUGGCUCAAGAGAUGAUGUUGAGCUCCAAUGAGGAGUUUGAUAGAUGUGGGCGACAAAUUAGCAAGCUUUUGAGACAAAUAAAUAGAACUCAACAGAAAGUCAGAGCUGUUUCAGUUGCUCUCUUUGGCAUCAUUGAUGGUCCCUCAGUGCCCACGGCCCAUAUCUUGUUUGUUAGUUGCGUUAAAAGGUUGUUUCAUUAUGUGAGGAACCCAAAUGCAAAAGUUUUGAUAGCACUGUCUUUUGCAUGGGACAUAGUUAUUCUCAGCGUCACAUCACAGGUCCUUGCUGUAAUGGAUCUGCUGAUUGCUGCCUUGCAUAAGGCCUGCAUUUACACUGUUCCAAAGCAUUUGCAACCUACAGAAUCACCUUCAAAGUCCAAUGACUACCUGAAAAUUAUUGGCUAUCACGAAGAGGAGGGGCGUAUUGAAAGCUCUGACAGCUAUGUAAAACGUGUGGAAUCUUACAUGAAGCUAUAUGCUGCCAUAAUCCAGACACAGGUUCCUGGUAUCCAAAACCCUCAUGGCUUAAAAGAGGGCUGGGCCUGGCUUUCAAGAUUCCUGAACAACCUUCCUGCUAACAGGACCACUGCUGUUGCACUACAUGCUUUCUUAAAGAUGGCAGGUUUUGCACUUUUUAAGAGAUAUAGGUCUCAGUUCAGGAAGAUAUUAAAUUUCAUAUCAGAUAACUUUUUGCCUGUACUAAAGAAGAGGGAUGAUGCUAGUAAGGUCUAUGUGGAAAUUGAAGAGUACUUGCAGAGCAAGGCCUAUUUAACCCAACCAGAAGGCUGGUCCCUUCAGAGUGGUCUGCUUUCCAGGGAAUUAGUUUGACCAACAACUUCAGGCUAUGGUUGCAUGUUGUUCAUUCAUUAAAUUUUGACCUUGAUGAUGUCAAAUUGUAAACUAUCAUAUAAUUAUAGUAUGUUCCCACUUGACAUGGAGCAUCCUUCGUGGUUUCUUCCACCAUCAGCCUGUGUGCUUGUGCUUUUUUGGAGCACAUUUAUGGCAGUUCUCUUGUUAUCUGACAUCCCUGUGUAACCUAGAGGUUUCUUCUCGAAAUUUUCGGCCAACUGCUUGUAUACAAAUAAUGAUUAGCAUUAAAGAGUAGUGUACUGAUUCAAUGACAGAUGUAGGUGAAGAAGAUCAGCUGGACGCAACUUGAACACUGUUGAGAAAGUUAGCAAGCACGUCCAACAAGCUGUCUGUGGCCAGAGCAAGCAUGUCGAUGACCCUUUGAAGUUGGGACUUGGCCUUAAUCCUCAUGAAAUUAAACCCCGCAAGUUCAGGUUCAUGGCACCAACUUGUAAUGGGAAACAGAUGGACAGGGAGAGCCUUAAAGAGUUCAGCAUCAUAUGAAUUGAUUGUACUGUGUAAUGUUAUUUGUACAAAAUAAAUAAUAGCCAUUCAGAUAUCCCUGAGAUGUGUUGUUCGAUGUGUACCUUGAAGAACUAAUGUAUUGGGAAACAAUUAUGUGCAAAUUCUAGUAUUUCACACACAGAUCAGUGAUUAAA